AGAAUCCAACAAGAUUCGUCAACUGAGAGAUCAUUCCGUAAUUUCGCCGGAGUUUGAUGGUGGCAGCUGGAUUGCUUAUUACUCGUGUCCUCCUCUUACCAUGUCUAGCAGCAGCGUCCUACCGAUGUCUCUGUAUGAAGGUCUACUCGCCAAGCUAGUGAAGAUACUCGAACUCACCCAAAAGCCCGAGGGAACGGCAACGCCUCAGGCGAAACAGGCACUCCUGCACGCAAGCUCGAUAGCACAGGCAAAGGACUUGGCCGCUGAACUUGCUGGGGGUGAACUGAGGAUUGAUGAGCAGGACGAGGUAAUCGAGAUGCUCACCCAGCUGCGAGACAGGAAGAGAACAGGCAGCAACUAGACCAGUUUUCUGCUCAAACGCUGGAGUUGUCGUCAUCGUCAGCAGAAAUGAGCAUGGAAGUUGACUCGAUGGCGUCGACACCCAGUUGAGCCACUGACCAAAUAUCCGGCUACAGUCACGCCUCCCAUUCUCUUUUUCUCCCUGCCACCACAACG